CGUUCAGCGAAUGCGGGUUACAAGCUUUCUGCGGAACACGACUUCUCUUAGGUUAAUCGUAUAGCGGAGACCAUCAGUGGGCAAAGGUUCGACAAGUAAGUGGCGCGGUUCGGGGCUGUAGUAGUCAAAGCACUAACAGUUAGUUGGGUGACAAUGCUGCCCGAGAGCAGAUCGCGUCCGUCACGCUAGUGCGGGUUUAGAUCACCAAACGCAAAAACUCGGGCGCUUGGGCUUAGCAAAUGUGUGAAUUUAUUAUCAUGGACGUGAAGCAAAAGAGAGUGUUCAUAGUUUUGCUUCCGCUUUCACUUGGGUUGGGGAACUUAAUCUGAUUUAAAAAGUGCCAAAAAUAACAACAACAACAGCAGCAGAUUGCGGUUCGCGUGUGGUGGGUGCUCCAGUUUUGUUUCGAGUAUUCUUUUAUCAAGCGGUGGUUUGCAAAUUAAAUAUGUGUGAAAUAGUUCCGGCCGAUAUGUGCAAAAAAAGAAUAAAUGUGGUUUGGUGGUCGUUGUUGGCGUGGAUGCUGCAGUUGUCGUCGAUUAUCCAAUUAGGUCAAGCGCAGCGAAUAACUGGUGACCGCGUGUACGAACCGAAGAUCUCCGAUUUGUAUAUGACGGUGAAUGCGCGCCAUCGGACCCUUGAGCUGACUUGGAGGAAUUUCAACGACCCAACCGGGUUCAUUGUGUUGGCGGAGCAUUAUCCUAUUAGAGAGUUCCAGCAGAAGCUGUACUACGUUACGUACGAUGAUUUUCAGGGAAGCAUUACGACCCCAGCAGCAGCCGGCGGUAGCACUAAUGCGUUCGCCGAAGAAGGCAGUGGCGGCGAUGACGGGAGCGGGGAAUCCACAAAUAGAAUGGAGCCAACGGUGACGGAACAACCAACGGAGUCCAACACCCCGAUGAUUGAGGUGGGAUGGGAGUACGACCAUCGGGAUGAGUACGGCGAACGGAAGAAGCCGGUGCUGCUCUCCAUUCAGCCAAUAUACGUUAACGGGUGGACUGCGACUGAUUUAAUCUACAACCGCGAGUGGUUGGAUCAGGCAGACAUCACCACCAGCUGCUACGGGUACUAUGCGUACUUCAUCAACGCGAACGGCACCAUACUGUCUGAGCACUGCAUGAAACUUUACCCCACCUGGAUGAACGAUCUGCGGUCGCAUGUGGGCGAAUUCCGAAUGCGAGAGCUGUUCAUACCGGGGACGCACGACUCAGCCUCGUACAAGAAGAGCUCCAACUACCAGGAAAAUAUUGUCACAAAGUACUCACUCACGCAGGACGAUGACAUCCGGAAGCAGCUGUUGCAGGGAGUGCGAUAUAUUGAUCUCCGGGUGGGCUACUAUCAGGUGUCCAAUCCGCAGUUCUGGGCCAAUCACGGAAUAACCCGAUUGCAUCCCCUGAAACAGAUCCUCGACCAGGUUCGGGAGUACGCUUUGGAAACCAACGAAAUCAUCAUACUUGAUGUGCAGGAGUUUCCGAUUGGGUUUGGUAAACAGUUCGACGUCCACGAUAAGCUAAUUAACUUCCUAAACGAAUCUCUUCACGAUGUCAUGGCGGAUCCGUCCAUUACCUGGUCCGGACGCCUGGCGGAUAUCUGGGCGGCAAAUAAAACGGUAAUUCUGUGUUACGACCACGAGUACGCCGUUCGAUCGUACCCGCAUGUGGUUUGGCGUUCGGUCGAACAGAAGUGGGGCGACGUGCAAAGUCUGGAACAGCUCAAGAGUUACCUGUUUAAGGUUCACGCGCGGCAUUUCUACGGAUACACGCACCGUCCAGUGGCGGAUAUGGCGGAGCUCACUCCGGACCCGUGGGGCGUUAUUACCGAUCGAUUCGGUGGCCUGCGGAAGAUGGCCGACUCCGUCAAUCGCUUUGUUACCAAGUGGUACUUCGAAGAGUUGGGACCCACGGCCAACAUCGUGGCAGUGGAUUUCAUUCGGGGUACCAACAUCAUCGACGCUGCCAUAUAUUGGAAUCAGAAGAGGGUUCCCAGGGGUAAAUAAAUCUGAUCUAUGAAAAGCCA